GUUACCUACCCGCCAUAUAUUUGGUGUCAAUGAUAUCAUAUGGGAUUAAUUUUUAUUUUCCCUUCUAUUCAUAUCUCUUUGUCAUGAUGCACUGAUUAGUUGAUUGUAAUUUUAUGUCCUUAUGAACUAUUAACUUUAAUUGGACGACAUAUUUUCCUCGGUUUCUUUAUAACCUGUAUAUAUUUUGGUGAUGUCUAAUUUCUAAAAUAAUUCCGUAAAUUUUCGUGUCUAUGUUACCCAUUUUAACUGUCCGUUAUUAAUUUUGAUUUUUUUUUUCCUUAAGAAAUAAACGGUGGGAAUAUUUGUUUACUUGUACUUGGAUUAAGAUAGUCUUUUUGGUUAAAAUAAUGGCUAAAACAGGCAUGCUGAUUAUUACGAACCCUACCAAAUUAAAUAAACUAAUACCUAGAAUUAGAAAUGAAGUAAAAAAUACCUUAUAUGUACAAUUUUUUCCGCCCAAAAGACCAGGUAUUAGUAAUGGCAUAUUUGCCAAUUUUAAUAUAACUCCACCGUUAAUGUACAGUAAGUCAGUCAAAAGUUUUUAUAAAAGCACAAAUGAUUUAAAGAAAUUAGAUGUGAGAAUUCUAUUAAGCGCAAUCAAAAACCCCACAGUUUCUAAAAUAAACACCAGACAACCAGUCGAGAUAGUUUAUUUUGACCAAGUACUUAAUGAUGAUGAAAUGAAAGGAUUCAUAACUUCCUGUAUUGAAAAUAAAACUCAUAAUUGCCGUACAAUAGCAUUGUGUGAAUCUGAAUGUGAACAGUUGGAUGAUUCAUCUGUGGAUACCAGUGAAUCUUUUAACUCUGUUGUAUUAGGUGGAACAUUUGAUCGUUUACACAAUGGCCAUAAAAUUUUAUUGAGCGAAGCAGUUUUAAGGUGUAAGAAAACAUUGACAGUUGGGGUUACUGAUACUGAUAUGCUCAAAACUAAGAAACUAUGGGAGUUAAUCGAGCCAUGCAGUUUGCGGAUGGACAAAGUGAGGGAUUUUUUGGAGGAUAUUGAUCCGGAUUUAGAAUACAAUAUCAUUCCUAUAAAUGACAUGUUUGGUCCUACAAAGGAUGAUCCUACUUUUGAGAUGAUUGUAGUUAGUGCAGAAACUGUUGGUGGUGGUAAGAAAGUUAAUGAAUUGAGGGUUAGUAAUGGAUUAAAGCCACUUCAUGUUGUUAGUGUCGAACUUAUACCUGAUAUUAAAAUUGAUGAAGAAGAAGAGGACAAAAUAAGCUCCAGCAAUGAUCGUUUACGUCUGUUAGGAACAUUAAUAACUCAACCAGAGCCAAGAACACAUAUCCCAUCUCAACCGUACGUCAUUGGUCUGACUGGAGGUAUUGCUAGCGGUAAAUCAUCAGUAUGUGCGAGAUUGAGACUGCUUGGGGCUGGUACUGUCGAUUGUGAUAAAAUAGCUCAUGAACUGUACCUACCUGGAACUACUAUUUACUCUCAGUUAAUUGAAAUAUUUGGUUCUGCCAUAAUAGGAGAUGAUGGAAUUAUUAAUAGGAAGAUUCUGGGGCAAAUGGUUUUUAAUGAUAAGACAUUACUAGAAAAACUCAACAAUUUACUUUGGCCUUCUAUAUUAGAAAGGAGUAAACAAUUGAGUAUUGAGUUAUUCAAGAAAGGAUUUAGCGUUGUUGUAUUGGAAGCAGCUAUCUUGAUUCCAGCUGGAUGGCAUAUGCACUGUCAUGAAGUUUGGUCUUGCAUCAUACCACAAGAAGAAGCGAUAAAGCGUUUGCAAAAUAGAAAUGGUCUGUCUAUAGAAGAAGCCACAUCAAGAUUACUUUCUCAAACAAGUAAUGUUGUACUUGUGAAUAAUGCUAAUGUUGUUUUUUGCACUUUGUGGAGGCCAGAAUACACACAGAAGCAAGUUGAAAAGGCUUGGAGUGAACUUCAACAAAGAAUAUCAUGAUAUAUUAUUAUUUAUAUUUUGAUCUUAGUUUAGCAGUAAACAAAUAAUUGGUGAUUGUUUUGUAUAUAUGUAAUGGAAAAAUUGUUUUUAUUUUUUAUGCAGUUGUAUUUUAAAACAAAACUUAAUUGUUUUCUUUUACUUAUAAUUGCCCUUUUCUUUUGUCAUAUUCAUUUACCAUUUGUAUUUACAUCUGAUAAUAAGCUGACCUUACAGGAUCAUUCGUGAAUGAAAGUCCCUAGAAUGACAAAGAUUGCUGUUGGCCCCUUUGUUCAUGAUGAACCCAUAGCGGGUCACUUAUACAUUGCAUGUUCAAUCAUUAUAUCAUUACCUACUACAAACUAGUAAUGCGCCAUAUAGGCAGAGCUGUGAUUCUGUCACAGUGACUGGGUUAGAGCUGGUGAUCACAGUGACAGGCUAAGGUCAAUAAAACUACCAGGUUCACUCACUCAGAGGGAAAAUGGUGGCGAGGAAUCGAGCUCUGACGUAGCCAAUGGACUUAUUUUACCCCUCUGCCCUUUGUUUUUGGACAUUUUAAUAUUAUUAUUUACUUUUCUACAUUAAAUCAAUACUGUAUUGCCAAAUAACUUAUUAAUUUUAAUAGAUUUGAAAGGUG